GCUGCUGCGGGCGGCGGGGUUAAGUACGUCGCUGGCGCUCCGGCCUAGGCGCAAGUCUGGAGCGCGCAAUCCAGACCUUGGGUCUGGAGCCGGGUCGCACGCCAUGGCUCUCCGCUUCUAUCCCUACCGCGCGGCCUUGCUCCCUGUUGGCCUUCUGUUUCUCUUGCUGCUGCUAAUGCUGCUCGCGGACCCCGAGCUGCCGGCUCCACGUCACCCCCCUGUGGUGCUGGUGCCUGGCGACUUGGGCAACCAGCUAGAGGCGAAGCUGGACAAGCCAACGGUCGUGCACUACCUCUGCUCUAAGAAGACCGACAGCUACUUCACGCUCUGGUUGAACCUUGAAUUGCUGCUGCCUGUCAUCAUUGACUGUUGGAUCGACAAUAUCAGGCUGAUCUACAACAGAACGUCCCGGGCCAGCCAGUUCCCCGAUGGGGUGGAUGUGCGUGUCCCCGGCUUUGGGAAGACUUUCUCCCUGGAGUUCCUGGACCCCAGCAAAAGCAGUGUGGGUUCCUAUUUCCACACCAUGGUGGAGAGCCUUGUGAGCUGGGGCUACACACGGGGUGAGGACCUUCGCGGGGCCCCCUAUGACUGGCGUCGAGCCCCAAAUGAAAACGGGCCCUACUUCCUGGCCCUCCAGGAGAUGAUCGAGGAGAUGCACCAGCUGUACGGGGGCUCCGUGGUACUGGUUGCCCACAGCAUGGGCAACAUGUACACGCUCUACUUUCUGCAGCAGCAGCCACAGGCCUGGAAGGACAAGUAUAUCCAUUCCUUUGUGGCACUGGGUCCACCCUGGGGAGGUGUGGCCAAGACCCUGCGUGUCCUGGCCUCAGGGGACAACAACCGGAUCCCGGUCAUUGGGCCCCUGAAGAUCCGGGAGCAGCAGCGGUCUGCCAUCUCUACCAGCUGGCUGCUGCCCUACAACUACACCUGGCCACCUGAGAAGGUGUUUGUGUACACAUCCACCACCAACUACACGUUGCGGGACUAUCACCAGUUCUUCCAGGACAUUGGCUUUAAGGAUGGCUGGCUCAUGAGGCAGGACACGGAGGGGCUGGUUGAAGCCACGAGGCCUCCUGGUGUGCGGCUGCACUGCCUCUAUGGCACCGGUGUCCCCACGCCCGAGUCCUUCCACUAUGAGAGCUUCCCUGACCGCGACCCCAAAAUCUGCUUUGGUGAUGGUGACGGCACUGUGAACGUGCAGAGUGCACUGCAGUGCCGAGCCUGGCAUGACCGGCAGGAGCACCAAGUGUCGUUGCAGGCACUGCCAGGCAGCGAGCACAUCGAGAUGCUGGCCAAUGGCACAACCCUGGCCUAUCUGAAACGUGUGCUCCUCGGGCCCUGAUCUCUGCACCCGGCAGGGGCUGACAAAUGGCUUGGCCACAGCUGCUUCUCUUGGUCUCUGGGUCUGCCACAGCCCACGAGUUUAGCAAAACUUUUGACUGACCAUCCAAGGCCCUGGAUCUUGGAAUGUGAAGCAUCUGCCAUGGGGGGGAAGUGUAGUUUCUAAUCUUCCUUCUGUGGGGAUGAAGAAGGAAGACAUUGAGUCUGGACUCAAGGGACCCCUGACGGAGAAAUGCUACUAAUGGUGGAAUUGUUGUGGCCCAGGACUGGCAUCUAGCCCUAGUCCCCAGCUCCAGGGCCAUGCCGUCCUCCUGCCCCGUUGGCCUCCUCACACUUGCCCACUGGGGCCUGGCCCCUCAGCCUUCCUCUGACAAGCAUUACUGAGCAGUGGUCUCUGUUCCCAAGGGUCCCAGGAGUGGGCUUCUGGUCCUCAGGGUAGCCCCUCUCACACAUAGGCCACAGCCCUAGUCCCAAGUGGGCCUGCCACUAGCCAUGGGUGGCCUCCCUUUGGCUGACCUGUUUGGCAGUUUGACUCUGGUUUCCUGGGGCAGCCCAGUUUCCCCUGCAGGCAGGGGCUGGUUGUUGUGCUCUCCAUGGUUCCCAGGCCCUGGGGCAUUCACUCCUACCUCCCUCACCUCCAGGAGCUGCCUAGCUAGGUCUGGCCGGGUUGCUCAGGACUGGGCAGCAGAUGAACCUCAGUUCUGUGAGCCAUGUCCCAGCAACCCUGAUCCCCUUGAUUGGGCUGUUGGCCACAGUGUUGAUGAUGACUUCCUUUGCUCUGGGUCUGUGGCCUGGGGUUGAAAUCAGGCCCCAGUGCCAUGGCCUUCUAGGUGCCUGUGGAGAAAGGGAGCUCAAGUAAGCAGCCAAAGCCACCCAGAGCUGCUCUGAGCUACCCUACCCUAACCCCACCACAACACCAUGUGGCCACCCUGCCCUAUGGUCUCUCCAGUGCCCAACUGGACUGAGAGGAGGUGGGGCUCCUGCCUAGUACCUGUCCCUACCUGGCAGCUGAGUGGUGUUCAGUCUACAGUAUCUGGCUCAGAAAUUUGAGUGGGCCUGGUUGGCUGACCCCUUGGAGACUUGGGGCUCUCCUCGGUUUUCUGGCUGCCCCAGAGGUGCUGCCUGGGUCUUCCUCUGAUAGUAGGAAUCAGUGAUCUGAGCCUGCCUCAUUGGCAGUGGGCUCCAAUUGUGUGACAGGCUACAUAGGUCAAGGCUUGGGUCCAGCCUCACAGGUGAGGCCCCAAGGCCACAAUCAGGGAACUUAGGCCAGAUUGUGCUGUUCUCCCACAAAGUUUCUGUGGAGCUCGGUUUUCUGUUGCAUACAUGCCCAGCAUCUUUCUCCUUUCGUUUCUGAGUGGCGGACCCUGCAUGGGGCCCUGAGCAGCUGUACCUCGGUUCUGGCAAUAAAGUAUUAUGGAUGCUGUAA